CAAGUGAAACCUGGAACCAGCGUUUGAAUCACAUAACAUGGCAGCGCCGUCCAGCAACACAUGCGGGCUCAUGGAGCGGUCGAUCCGGGAACGGGUCCCGCCACUGCUGACGGACCUGUACCAGUUCACCAUGGCUUAUGCGUACUGGCGGGCCGGCCGGCACCAGGAGCCCGCAGUGUUUGAGCUCUUCUUCAGGGACAACCCGUUUGGCGGAGGCUUCUCUCUGUUCACCGGGCUGCACGACUGUCUGCUAUUCCUGCGCAGCUUUCACUUCACAGACGAAGAUGUGGACUUCCUGCGCUCAGUCUUGCCCCCGGCCACAGACCCGGCCUUCUUCCAGUUCCUGCGAGGCCUGGACUGCUCCGGCGUCACACUCCGCUCCGUCCCAGAGGGUACUGUGGUCUUUGCCAGGGUGCCUGUGAUAGAGGUAGCAGGACCGCUGGCUGUGGUUCAACUGCUGGAAACCAGUUUACUGUGUCUGGUUAACUACGCCAGUCUGGUGUGUAGUAACGCCGCCCGCUUCCGCCUGGCAGCCGGCCCCAGGAGGAAGCUGCUGGAGAUGGGUCUGAGGAGGGCUCAGGGUCCAGAUGGAGGACUCACCGCCUCACGAUACACACACAUUGGAGGGUUUGACCUCACCAGUAACGUUCAGGCUGGCUUCCUGUUCGGGAUUCCCGUCGCAGGGACUAUGGCGCACUCCUACGUCACUUCCUUUACUUCUCUAGAGGAGGUGUGGCCACAAACACUCGUGGCGGUGAACGGGGAGCCCGACCCGGUCGAUUUCAUUUCAUUGACAAAGAGCUGGCUGCGUCGUGUCUGUGAGCUUCUGGGUGCCGAGACGGGGAAGAUACGCGAGGGCGAGUUGGCUGCCUUCCUGUCGUACGCCAUCGCUUACCCUCAGAACUUCCUCCCUGUGAUUGACAGCUACAGUGUCAGCUGCAGUGGCGUGUUGAACUUCUGCGCUGUGGCGUUGGCGCUGUGUGAACUGGGCUAUAGGCCGAUGGGAGUUCGUCUGGACAGCGGGGAUCUCUGCAGGCAGUCGGUCGAUGUCCGCCGCGUCUUCAGACUCUGCAGUGAGCACUUCUCCAACUCUACUUUUGAUUCACUUAUUAUCGUUGGGACCAAUAACAUCUCAGAGCAAAGCAUGGUGGAGCUCAACAAGAAGGAGAAUGAGAUCGACGUGGUCGGUGUUGGAACACAUCUGGUUACCUGCACAAAACAACCCUCUCUAGGUUGUGUUUAUAAGCUGGUGGAGGUGAGAGGGAGGCCCAGGAUGAAGAUCAGUGAGGAUCCACAGAAGAGCACCGUCCCUGGGAGGAAAGCUGUCUACAGACUAUUAGACGCUGAAGGCCAUCCGUUUCUGGACCUGGUGAGUCUGGCAGUGGAGUCUCCUCCAGAGGCAGGACUCCCACUGAGCUGCUAUCCCCUGCGGUGUGAUAACGCGCCUCUCUCAGUCACUCCAGCUCAGGUCGUCUGUCUGCGCCAGGAAGCGUUUACCAAAGGCCAGGUCACACACCCUCUGUGCAGCGCUGCAGAAACUAGAGCAAAGGUCCAGAGCUCCCUGCAGACUCUGCACCCUCGACACAAGAGGCUGCAGGAGCCAGACGCUUACACAGUGGCGUUGUCAGAGAAACUCCACAACCUGGUCAUAGAAAUCCGAAAAGGCAGCUCCAACAACAGCAGCUUCCUCUUAGCCAACUAAAGACAAAGAUGCACACGUUCAUGUCGGUUCAUUGACACUAUUUUCCAAAGUGCCUUACAGU